CGACUACUGUCUCUCCACCCCCAUCAACAUGAAGUUUUUCUUCGCUGCUCUUGCGCUUGCUCUCGUCUCCUCUGUCGCUGCUCAUGACGGUCAUGAGCACGAGGACCAGAUGCCCUUUGGCUAUGUCAAGGGCCCCCUGGACACCUUCCGCGGCUUCAACGACGAGGUCACUGCGGACUCGAUCUUCUCGGGCAUCACCACCUUUGCCAAACUGCCUUGGGUUCAGUGCCUCGGCCGCGAGAGCGAUAUCCCCUUCGACAUUGCGUUCCUCGGCGCACCCUUCGACACAGCUACCAGUUACCGCCCGGGUGCCCGAUUCGGCCCUUCCGGCAUCCGCGAGGGCAGCCGUCGUCUGACGCUCUACGGCGGCUAUAACGUGCCGCUCAAGAUCAACCCUUUCAAGUCGGGCCUUCGCAUCGUCGACUGCGGCGAUAUUCCUGUCACCCCGUACGACAACAAGCAUGCCAUCCAACAGAUCGAGGAUGGCCACAAAGCUCUCCUGCAACGCCAGGCUUUCUCGCCUCUGGGCAACAGCUCUCUCACCGGGCAGCCCCUUUUCCCGUUCUCACUCGACGGCAAGCACCAUCCGCGCAUCAUCACCCUGGGCGGGGACCACACCAUCGUCCUCCCGCUCCUGCGCUCCAUUAACUCGGUGUACGGCAAAAUCUCCGUGAUCCACUUUGACUCACAUCUCGGCAAGUUGAACUUCGCUCGCACCUCGCGUCACGGCUCACCUCGCUGCAGACACGUGGAAGCCCUCAGUCUUCGGUGGCGCGCCGAGCGACCAGGCCGCGAUCAACCACGGCACCACGGGGCCAUCCGCACGACCCUGAGUGGCCCGGAGGACUACGAAAACGACGACGCCUCGGGCUUCCAGCGCAUCGAGGCUCGUGAAAUCGACACCCUCGGCACUGCCGGGAUUAUUUCCAAGAUUCGGGACACCGUCGGGGACGGCCCCGUGUAUCUCUCCAUCGACAUUGACAGCAUCGACCCGGCUUUCGCGCCGGCCACCGGUACCCCAGAGACAGGCGGCUGGUCUACCCGGGAGCUUCGCACCAUCCUUCGGGGCCUCGAGGGAUUGCACAUCGUCUCGGCAGACAUUGUUGAAGUCGCUCCCGCGUAUGACACCAACGCGGAGCUUACGACAAUGGCCGCUGCAGACAUUCUCUUCGAGGUUAUGAGUGUGAUGGCGAAGACUCCCCUGGGAAAGAUCCAGGCCUGAGGCGCCGAUUCCAGUUAUGAAUCUACGUCGAAUCGAAUAUAGUUCGUUACGCCCCUUUAUGUUUUCUUCUGUACACGAAUUUCAAAGUUUGAACGAUC